UUCAAUGGUUCAACGGUCGAAUUGUCUCAGGAGUCGGGAGUCGGGAGUCGGGAGUCGGGACUCGGCGCACAAGUCCAUCCUGAGAGGCUGAGACUGAGAAAGAGAGAGAGAGAGAUGAGGAAAAGAAAAGAUCGAAAAGAUCGAGUAAGGUCAGAAACACAAGAAGACGAAGACGGAUGCGACGAAACAGGGAAAGGAGGGAAAGGGUUUUUCGCUUGCUACCUUCUCUGCUCCUUGAGCCCCAGAUUCAAAGGCCAGACCUACAUCGGGUUUACAGUCAACCCUCGUCGUCGAAUUAGGCAGCAUAAUGGUGAAAUAACAAGUGGUGCUUGGAGGACAAAGAGAAAGCGCCCUUGGGAAAUGGUAUUAUGCAUAUAUGGUUUCCCAGCUAUGGUUUCUGCACUCCAGUUUGAGUGGGCCUGGCAGCAUCCAAAGAAGUCAUUGGCCGUCAGAGAAGCAGCUGGAGAAUUCAAAUCCCUUGCUGGCAUUGCCAAUAAGAUCAGGCUUGCAUAUGCAAUGGUUAAUCUUCUUGCAUGGCAGAGCUUGAACCUUACAGUAAACUUUUUCUCAACAAAGUACCUGGAACACUCUGCUGGAUGUCCAAGCUUGCCAGUGCAUAUGAAAGUCCAAGUUUGUUCGAUGGAUGAACUUCCUUGCUAUAUGGGAGGUGGGCAGAUUUUAGAAGAUAAUGAAGAUGUCCAGGAGGCUGAAAAUGAUUGUGAUGAUGGUCCAGUAACAGAGAUGGAUACACAAGUUCACAAUUUUGCCGAAUAUCAGUGUAGCUUUGAAAUGACUGGUGCUCAUGUACAGACCAGAAGGAUGGAAGAUGACGAUAGUUUUGGAAUUGGGAUGCCUAGGGCCCCCCUGACUCCAAAAAGAAGAGAUCACAGGACUCCUGUUUUUUCUGGUGAUUGUAGUAUAACCAGCACCUUAGGCACUGAAGAAACAGUGGAAGAUAGAGAUAUCUUUGAGGUGACUACAAAGGGUGAUAGUAAAUUAGGUCAGCAAGGGGAACUGCAAGCAUCAGAAUUUUCUGAUGAUGAUCAACAUCGAUCAACUGAUGGUCUUCUUUCCUCUCCUGAAGUUGAGAUAAUAAAUUUGUUAACUCCCACUCCUGACCGGAUUGUGUACUCACGUCGUAAGAAGAGAGCUUCUUCAAUUCUUCCCAAGAUUAUUGACUUAACAGAGUCACCUAACUUUAUUCAAUUAUGAAAUGUUGGAUAUGUAACCUGCAAUUGAAAAGAUGAAAGCAAUUUGACUCGGAAUAAAGCAUUUGUUUCUCCAAUGUAUCACACCUUGUAAAAAUUCCUUUUUUCAAUAAGAAGUGUAUUGUAUCACACCUUAUAACAUUCUUUUCUUCAAUAAGAAGUGUCACACCUUAUAACAUUCUUUUCUUCAAUAAGAAGUGUACAAUUCUUUUA